AUGGCGGCGGAGAAGUUGUUCAACGAGCUACUCGACUCCGCUUACGACAGCACCAACCGAGAAGAUCCUCUCCACCAGCACAAGGAGGAGGAGGAGACAAAUGAUGAAGGGGAGAACAAGAGCAGGGGGCUGGAGGAGGCACUGGUUUCUUGCACCAAGAAGAAGUUCUCGCAGGAAGGGACAUUGACAGCAGCAGGCACACAGCAGCUUCUACCCAUCCUCCAGUGGCAUCAUGCGAACCUCGAGUUUGCGCUUGGAGCUCCGUUAGCCAACGUUAGCAGGAUGUGGUGGAACUUCGACGACCUCUGUGCUUAUCCCGGACAGCACUGGGCGCUCCCCGCGGGUUCCUCUCCCUCCUUAACCCCGUCCAAGGAGAUCUGGAUGUGCGACUGGGACAGUGCGUGCAAGAGGGGUGCGGGUGACCUCGCGCUGCUCCUCCUCCCCAGCAGAGGAGCAGGAUGGUCGCCCUGGUUUCAAUCCGCCACUUCCGGCUUGGAAGACGGGUUCUCCACUCCUCCUGCUCCCCCUCCUCUACCAUGA